AUGGCGCGCACUAUCCCUACAGACGACGUUACGGACCGAUCUUCGCCAGAUACAACUCGCUCAGAUAAGGAAAACGAUCAGGCAUCAGCAAGGAACCGCAAGAGAACCAGCAUGGCCUCGAGGCCCAAUACGAAUAAGCGACGGCACCUCGCGGACCGAACAUCGAAUAUUCAAGACAGCACGCAACCACAAGUUCUGUCGUCGGAAGCAGACCGGAAUAAGAGAUACUACGACCCGGAUCAAGAUGAGACUGAAAGAAGAUGGCUUCGAAAGGGUCUGAGAGACCUAACGCGGGAUCUCCAUGAUUCGCGUAGCGAAUACCUACAGGCCGGGAACCACGGAAUCCAAGACACCGUCAAGAAAGCGAACGAAUAUUUCGACCAUGUUAAGCAGACUUCGGACGCCACGAUUGACUCCCGUCUUCUGGUUAGUGCAGCAGAUCUAUCGUAUAAGAAAACGACGCAGCUCUCGAUGGGUGAUGCAACAGCAGGUAUCGACGUGGACGAGUUUGUCUCGAAAUGCAUAACGUUUAUGCGCCGCGGCCCGGAAGACUCGCAUGCUGCGCUCGCCAGCAGCACCCAACGUCUUCGCCCUCGUGCAGCUGGCAGAUCGCAAACAGACCUGGAAGCUGGUAGUGAUGAGGAGGAUGAGGGAGAUGCUAUGAAUUGGGACUGGCUUGGCCGUUCGGCUUGUUUUCAGCACAACGCUCGACCGCCCGUAUCGGGCUUCUUACUGGGUCCCUUGUCGGUCCAGAAGCGCACGCGGCAGCAGACUCAGCGGAGAGCUCGAGAGCGUAUUGAUCCUUCGCAGGCCGUUCGACCUCAGGAGCUUCAAGAAGAAGAUCUUGACCGACAAGAGACAUCCAACCUGACGACCAUGUGCUCGAAGAUCAAUAAAUUGCUUGCCACAACACAAGAGCAACGUAUGGAUAUAGUAGACCGGAUCCUACAACAGAUGGAAGACCCUGACGAUGAAGUAAUACACGAGGUGAUGGACAAGUAUGAUAUCGCCGAUGAUGGCGGCAUACCACUAUUCCUCUUCUGCAUCAACCCGAGGUCAUUUGGACAGAGCGUGGAGAAUUUAUUCUACAUUAGCUUUCUGGUGAGAGAUGGCACAGUGGGUAUUUCUUUCGACAGCCGGGAAUUGCCAACACUGCAUCCUACCAAGCCAUACGCACCAAUCGAGGCUCAGAAGAAGGGUAUCCAGAAGCACCAAGCCGUCUUCAGCCUUGAUUUUGAUACAUGGCAAGCUAUAAUAGACCUGUACGACAGAAAAGAUUGCAUUAUUCCGCAUCGUCAAGAGGAACAGCAGACCAGACGUGGUUGGUAUGUCAGAUUAGCCUCCGGAUCUGUUGCCGUGUUCUCCCCCGUGUCAUUCACGCCAGAAGUACGAGAAGCGGUGGACUCACUGGGCGGGAAGCUCAAAUACAUCGCCGCGCCGGAUAUGGAGCACCAUUUGCACCUAACAUCGUGGAAGAAGGAAUAUCCAGACGCCGAAAUUAUCGGACCGGAAGGACUAUGGGAGAAACGGCAAUCGAACCCGGAGUCCAAGGACACGCCUUUUCAUCAUGUGUUCACGAAGGAAAAGAACAACGCUCAACAGAAGGUUACAGAGGAAUUCGACGCCGAGUUCGAUGUUGAAUACGUGCACGGUCACGGCUCGAAGGAACUAGUAUUUCUACAUAAGCGAUCACGGACGCUCAUCGAGGCGGAUCUCCUCUUCAACUUGCCAGCCAGGGAGCAGUAUUCACUGACGAACGAGGCGGCAGACAGUGGGAUUCUCACGAAGAUGGUACAUCCAUUCUUGUCGGCUAGUGGGAAUGCGACAUGGCAGAAGCGGUUUGCAUGGUAUGUUCUUUCUGCGAAUGAUCGGAAGGCGUUCCGGGAGUCUAUGCAGAGGAUUGAUAAGUGGGAGUUCAAUCGGAUCAUCCCGUGCCAUGGUGAUGUGGUUGAAAGUGGUGGAAAGGCGGUAUUUCGCACAGUGAUGGAUUGGUUCUUGGAUUAUGAUAAGAAGGGGUUAUAA